CUGCAGUUCCCGCGUUUGCGACUCUUUCAAUGUGGAGCAGAAGCCCGUCAUUCCUGACAUGGAUGAUCUGUAUUUAGACAAUAUCGACGAAUUUGUGAAUGAUCAAAAUAAGAUCGUCACAUACAAAUGGCUCAGUUUAACCCUUGGAGUCCAUGUGAACACAGCAAAACAGAUGUUGUAUCAUUACUUGGAGCAAAAACGUAAUGAAAGUUCAGGGACAGCUCUUCAUGCUACUUAUCUUGUAUCCGGCAAGUGUGUUGAGAAUGGGACUCCGUGUCAUAAAGUGUCUGUAGUUCGUGAGGAAAAGCUGGAGGCUGUUAAAGCAAAGAUGGAGAUGACUAUCAGUGUACAUGUGUACAGUGUGCAAAGAGCAGAGCUGAAGGAUAGUUCUCCACUUUACACCACAGAUUACGAUGCUGUAAAGGAUAAUCUAAAGAACUGCAGCAAAUACAGUGCUAUACGGUGUGCUGCGGCGGUACCCAUGUCAUCAGCUGAGCUGCAAAGAGCUCAAGAGAUGGCAUUGGUUCCUUCGGCAGAGAAAGAAAACCGUAAACCUGGCUUGAAUGAACCUGCUGCUACCUCCAAACCCAGUGCUAAGCCGCCAGCGGGCAUCAUGGGUAUGUUUGCAAGCAAAAGUGCUUCCAAGGUCCAGGAAUCCAGCAAGGAAGUGAAAACAGAGCAGAAAGAUGAUUCUUCCUCGGUUGAAACAUCAAAAACCAAACCAGCUUCCAAAGCAAACCCCGUGAGUAACUUCUUUGGGAAGUCUGCCCAAAAAAAGGUAGAAGAAAAACCCAAGAAAAGCAUCAAGGAAGAGACUGACGGAGGUUCGACAGCAUCGGCUUCUGGAAAUAUAAAACAGUCACAGGUGUCUCCUAAAUCUGAUGGUGAAGUUAAAGAGGAACAAUCCAAAACUUCCAGAGCUUUGAAGAGUGAAACAAAAGACACUCGAAAUAAAACAAAACGUCCUGAGGUUGUGGAUAGCGAUGAUGAGCCAGUAGAGAGCCAACAGAAGAAGAGACGGCGGAUAAAGAAGCCCCAGCCAGACAGCAGUGAUGAUGAGGUUGUGCCAGAUUCUCCACCUGUGCCAAACAUACAGACUCCCAGUCCCAAAAAGCAAGUGAAAAAAGAGACUGUUUCACACCAAGAAGAUGGCUCAGUGGUGAAGAGGAGGAAAAGAAGACGUGUAUUGAAGUCUCACACAUUUGUUGAUGAAGAAGGUUGCUUUGUAACUGAGAAAGGUUAUGUGAGCGAGUCUUACUCUGAGAGUGAAGAGGAGCCUGAACCCACCAGUCAAGCCAAGGACUCAAGCUUACUCAAGCAGUCAUUUGGAAAAAAGGAAGAAGAGAAAAAAGAAAAGGGUCAGAAGAAGACCUCUGCCGCAAGCAAACCUACAAAACAGCCAUCCAUCAUGGGAUUUUUCCAGAAGAAAUGAUUUUUUACAUUAUUAUUCCAUAGACUUUUAAAGGAAUAG